GAAAAGCAAAAAAAAAAAAAAGCUCGCUACCUGGUUGCCAGGACAACGCCGAUGACCCGCGUUGUUACGUUUCGUGAGAAUUGAUUUUAUGGAAAGUUGAUUUUAUUUAUUGUAUCGUUUUAUCCACGAUAGUAAAACGCCGAGAUGAUGUCGUUAGCAAGUUAAUGCGAUGAUUAUAAGACGGUGGAAUACACGAGUGUGAUGAUGACGGCUGUCCCUUUAUGGGCUCUCUCCCUUCCACUCCCUGCCAUCAUCCUGAUCUCCGUUGGACUCUAUAUGCUGUUUCUUGCGGGUGUCUUAUGGUGCCAUCACUGUCUCAAGACCCAGUGCAGUCCUCAGUGUACAAACUGCUGCCCGAGUGUAUCUCCUUUUGAGUACUGUCACAUGUGCGCUCAGUCAUGUGACUGUCACCCACCAUCUCUUCACACGUGCCUUGACCACUCCUGCCCCACUUCUAAUUGUGCCAUGUGGGACUGCGCCUGCACCCCUCAGCCUCCUCAGUGUGACUCCAUCAACUGCUUAUGCUGCGAGAUCAAGUUCAAAUAGAGACAAAAUGGAGGAUUUGUACUUCCAAGUACAGAAGGUUUCCGUGUAGACUGAGCCGUGAAUGUGGUCAUGUGUUCAGAAGUGCUUUUGUGCUUAUGUUUACAGCGAGUAUGAGCUUCUUUUCUCCAUUCGCUGCACAUUUCGUUAAACACAUCCUUUUUUUAGAAUGUCUUUGUGUUUUAUGUUUACUGACGUCACAUGCUUUUUCAGAGCUAGCAUUCGAGUUCUUGCUUUCUGAUGAGCUUUAACCUAGCUAGGCCAUUUUUUCAGUGUUUACUAACAGCAGGUGUGAUAUAUUACUUGUGCUAAAGUUCCCAACAUUUAUACCAGCAUUAAAAAUUUACAAACAGAAUCAUGGCCUUUUCCAUAUCCAGGCUUUUUAAUUUGACCAUGUGAUUGAGAGUUGUGAUAGUUUUCACUGAAGAGAAAUGUUAUACACUUAUUCAGAUAUGCAGAACUGGGCUGACAAACGGAACCAUGGUUUUGGUGGUUCUUGUGGUUUGGUGGUUUUUGUGGUUCUGACACUUUUUCUCGUCUCUCCAUUUGAAAUAAUAAGCACAAGUCACUUAUAGUGGUUCCUGUAAUUAUACUGCACAUGCUGUGGCCUGUGUGUUUCUGCUGUAACAGCACUAACACCAGUUUUCUAACCUUUUGUUCUAACACUACAUUCUAACUUAUGUUAGAAUUGAUUUUAUAGAUUUUUAUUUUAUUUUUGUAUUUGUGUAGAAACAUGCUGUAUAGUCUUUAAACAGGAAAAUAAAUCUUUUCAUUUUUAAA